CGCAAGAAACUACAACGAUUCGUGUGAAUAGCUGGCACGGAUUUUUGUUUAACCACAACUUUACGUUUGAAUCUUCAAACCAUGAGUCCUAAAAUAUUCCUGUAUCUUGAAUUGAACCUAGAUGUAGCCCCCACCGUGAUAAUUCAGAAUUUCAUUUACCUGUCAACUUUUUUAUUUGUUUUUAUUUGAAUGUUAGGUUCUACCAUUUUUUGCAAUUUGUUUUUAUCGUCCUUAUCUUUUCCAUCAGAGAUUAUUUUUCUUAUAUUUUCCAGCAAACCUGUUUUAAAGUGUCAGCCAAUCCCCUUUUAAAUUUUGAUAAAUCAACUAUUUUUUGGGUUCACGGAAAUGGAUGAAGCAUUCAAAAUAAGGGAUAAAGCAUCCUUGGAGAAAAUCAUCUGCAAUAACUGUAAAAAUCUCCUGAACGUGAGUCCGGUAUUUUGCGUCAAAGAGGGGGAUUCCAUCAUAGAAGUCUGCGGAAGGUGCAAUGACAAAUUGAAGCAGGACGAGAAUGUAUGGAGGCAGUAUGCCUACGAAAAUCUGGCUCAACUCUUCACUUAUCCUUGCGCUAACAAAAAAUUGGGUUGCGGGGCUCUUCUCAAAUGGAACCAGGUUCUGGACCAUGAACUAAUUUGUGAAUAUCAAAAGAUAAUUUGCCCCCUGUCACAUACCGAACUCUUUCCAGACAAAGGUUGUGAUUGGACAGGAUUGGUGAAUAGUCUCAACAACCACAUCGAGUCAUCUCACAAGGACUACAUCAAGACCCCUCCUGAAUUGGAAUGGCACGACUGCUCUGAAAGCAAUCACAUUUUCUUCACCUAUGUCGGGAUUAAAUUAGUCACCGUUGUCAUCAAGUAUGACUCCAAAAACAAAUUCUACUGUUUGCUGAUGUUGAACGGCAACAGUAUCGAGAGCCAGUGUUACCGCUACCAGUUGGAAUUAUACAAUGAAAGCAGAAAAGACUCUAUAAUACUGCGCAAAUCCAGUCUCCAGCCACUAGGUUGCAUGAAGGUGAAUUUGGAAACCCCUUCAAAGAUGAUGCUCUUGGAUAUCGAGAAGAUCAAGGAUUUGCUGCAACACACCAAUGUCGUGUACGGGCGAUUCGGUAUUGUUAAGAAAAACAAAAAGGAGAUCAUGCAAAUUUGUAAUGGGGUUAUCAACGAGAUUUCUCUGUCUCCUAAGUUGUUCAAGCCGGCCCCUCUUCCCAUCGAUGAGAAUAUUCUUCAGGAGCUGGAGUGCCCGGUCUGUAACGAGUUCAUGAUUCCUCCAAUAUAUAUUUGUCAAGCAGGUCACAGCUUAUGCGAAGGUUGUAAGUCCAGGAUAAAAACAUGUCCAAACUGUCGCUGCGAGCUUUCGAGUUCCCGCAACUUCACCCUCGAGAAUUUAACCAGAAAAGUCCACUAUCCGUGCAGGAAUAGAGAAAUUGGAUGCUCCUUCGUAUCAACUUCGGACGGAAUACGAGGCCACGACAGUUUGUGCGAACUAACCGAAACCUUCUGCAUACUGCAAUGCGGUCACCAGUGCCUCAAGCCGGCGAUGUACUCGCAUAUCAUUGAAAAGCACCCCGAUGAUCUGAUGUCGUUGAAUACUGUCCACGUGCGGGACGUUUCCACCAAGAAGGAGUCUUUCUAUGUGCUGUAUGCCUUUGGGGAUCUUUUCAGGUUCAGCAUCAAAGGUUCCAAUUUGAACCCGUACAAGUUCAACUUGCAACACAUGGGCACGGAGGACGGCGACCCCAAAUAUCGCUUCCUCUUCCAAAUAAUUGAUCAGUCUCCUCUCGCUACCUACAUCAGCUUCAACAACAUCUGCCAGAAGAUGACGAUGAUCCCGAACACAGCCCAUGCGACGGGAAUAAGCAUUCCGUGGAAUUUGCUCAAGCCUAUGCUUUACGAAUCCAAAUACUUUUACUAUAAGAUCACGAUAAGCAAGUUAGUUGGUUAGUGGGUUCUAGUUUAGUUGAGUAUUUGUGUUUUGACACUGACCAUCGUUACUGUUGAAGGAAACGAAGAUUUCUUCUUGUUAUAGAAUUUUAUUUUGACGUUUUCGAGUUAGAUUCGAAGGAAACACACAAACAGAAAAUCAGGAGUAGUUACAAACAUUUUUCACCUUGAAAGGAAUUUGUAAGUUUAUUGAAAGAUAGAGAGUUAAUUUCAAGUCCUGAAUCGAAGAACCAGACAGAUUUCACUCCAGUGCUUUGUUUUUUAGCAUCACUGGUGAGAAUUGACUCUGUCGGUAAUGACAUUUUGGCCUUACGUGUCACUAUUUUACGCAGCGCCCCCUACAUAUCACAUCUACGUUGCUAAUAUAGUGAUUUGUUGAGCAGCUCUGCCUCAUGGAUUGAGGACAUGUCAUUUUCGUGAGAAAAAUGAUAUUGAAGUUCAUUUCAACUCGUAUUUCAUUUAAAAAUUAUAUCAAAACAAGUUAUUUUGGUUUUCUUGAUGCAUUCAUAAAAACGAUAUUUUCGUGAUCUACGCCAGAUGGCACCACAGCGAAAAAAGUUGUGUAACAUACUCGAGCUUUGAUUAAGUGAUGAUUUGAAUAUUAUAAGAUGAAACGUCGAUUCGUUCUAUAUAUAGUUCUUUACAAAUAACGAAAUUUUUGUGAUCUGCGCUAGAUGGCACCACAGUGAAAAAUAAUCCGUAAUAUAUUAAGCUUUGAUUAAGCGAUGACACAUCGAUUCUUUCUAUAUAUAUUUGUCUUCAAAUAACGAUAUUGUUGUGAUCUGCGCUAUAUGGCGCCACAGCGAAAAUAUUCCGUAAUAUUUGAUUUGAGUAUUAUAAGAUGAACCAUCGAUUCUUUCAAUAUACAUAUAUUUGUUUACAAAUAACGAUAUUGUUGUGAUCUGCGCUAGAUGGCGCCACGGCGAAAAUAUUCCGUAAUAUCUUGAGCUUUGAUUGAGCGAUGAUUUGAGUAUUAUAAGAUGAAACAUCGAUCAUUUAUGUAUCUAGUUGUCUACAAAUAUUUUUGAAUCCGAUUGAGUUUUAGAUUUCGUACACUUUGAGAGGAGAAAUAUUGGAUUUACAGUCACAAAAAUAUCAGUUUCAUGAAUGCUAACAACACAAAUAAGCAACCACUGACAUAUCAAAGCAAAAUCUUAAUGCAGUUGGUGGUACAUACAGGGUGUUUUGUAACUACUAAUUAUUUUUGAAAUUUUAUGUCGAUGACAAAAGCAAAAAAUUUAUAUUAUUUCAGAUAAACAGAAUGACUUAUUUCUAUAAUUAUUUUGAAAUGUAUUUGAUUAUUAUGGCAUAUUUAUUUCGUAUUUAGGAGAGUAAAUACUUGAUUGUUUUUAUCUUAUUUUUCUGAUUUACUGCAUCGAAGAUUCAAAAAUACUAUUGAAAGACGCAGAGUAAAUAUUUUAAUGUAAGUUUUAUGUUUUCAAGUGUAUGCAUCGAGUCUCAUCUAAUUGUAAAUGUUCGUUAUUGAUUGUUAAAAAGUUUCCAACGAUUAUCGCAAUUUGCAACGUCUCACAUUUUCAAGAGCUUUUCUUGAAAGAAUCCAAUCUGCCAAUGUACUAUAAUUGGGCUGAGAAUAGGUGAGAAGAAAAUUCUGGAAAUAACCUUGCAAAAAGUCUCAUCUCACUUUCAACUUGCCAAAAUUUUUGCCAACUCAUUUUCAGCAUAAUUUUUAGUAUAUUGGAGGUUCUAAAACGGACAUUUUUGAAUUAAUUACAUAUUUCAUGUAUGUACAAAGAAGAGCGAAUCAAAAUUAAGACAGAAACAAGGCAUUGAUAUAGUUGGCAGCUUUUUUAUUAUUAUUAUUGCAGUAUGUGAGGCUUGACGCAUGUCUUCAGAUUGUCGCGGAGAAGUAUUGCUAGCUAUUAGGAAUAUUUCUAGAAAUUACUUAGAAACACUUCCCAUUAGAUAUUGGGGGUGUCUCAUUAUUUCGCGAGUUGUACGAGUUUAUUUCAAUAAUGAAUAUAACAAAUAUUUUCGUUUUA